GCCCUGACGCAGCGACGCUACCGGCGCUGAGGGGAAGGCACCGCACCGGGAAGGCUCCGCCAUGGCGAGCCAGUCGCAAGGCAUCCAGCAGCUGCUGCAGGCCGAGAAACGGGCGGCAGAGAAGGUGGCAGAGGCUCGGAAACGGAAGAAUCGGAGGCUGAAGCAGGCCAAAGAAGAGGCCCAGGCAGAGAUCGAGCAGUACCGCCUGCAGAGGGAGAAGGAGUUCAAAGCCAAGGAGGCAGCGGCGCUUGGAUCUCAUGGCAGCUGCACCACUGAAGUUGAGAAAGAAACUCAGGAGAAGAUGAGUGUGAUCCAGCAGAGCUUCCAGAAGAACCGUGAGGUGGUCCUCUCCCAGCUGCUGUCACUGGUGUGUGACAUCAAACCUGAAAUCCAUGUGAAUUACCGCAUCAACGGGUAGUCAGAGGAGAGGGAAUGAGCACACUGGAAAUGCUUGGCAGUACCACCUGAGCUUUAGGUGGAAUGUACAGCUCUCAGCCAUACCUUCACUGUUCCCCUUGUACAUGUGUUCAGUUAUUUCAGUGAGUUGUAGGUCAUCAGUGUCUCGUUGGAGGUCUGCCAGUUCCUCUCUUGCCAUGGAUUCAGAGCUUAUCAAUGGCCAUGUCUCACAUCUGUGCUCAGUUAUUAAGUGUAUGUGCACGUGGGCACAUUACUGCUCUCAUUUCCUCUGGGUGGUGGUCAGGGAAAGGCUUUCCUCUGCAAAGGAGAAAAGGGAGAGGGUUGCUGGCCAGGUUUAAAGGGCCAGCCUGUGUCAGUAAUAGGCCUGUGUAGCUGUGGUUUUGACCAAAAUGCAUUUUUCAGUGUGUUGUUAACCUUUGGACAGGGAUUAAACCUUAUCAGAAGAAUUCUCUGGCUGUACAGUGCUGGCUGAUGAUUUCCAGGUGCUUCAAAGUUCCUCUGUAUUGAAUAUUCUCUGUAUAUUCUGCUGUUAGCUUGAGUUACAAUUCUGGCACUAUGACACUUGAAAGUAAAAUCCUUCUUCAACUCCA